UGCAGGGUGUUGUGGUUACUAGCUCUUCGAAACCAGAGAGAGGCUAUUCUAAAAAAUAUUACGUUUAAGUACUUGAUGGGGAAAGUCUCCAUUACGUUACUACAUUAAUAUUAAUAUGCAAUGAAUAACACAGUGCUAGACCUCCGCUCAGCUUUCCACCCCGGUUUAUCAAAGGCAUCGCCUGCCAUUCGCCCAUAUGAGUAGGCUUAUUUCGCUCGCUGCCCGGGAUCCCUACUUUCAUCCAUCCAUGUGAGAUGCGGGAGAUACCGUGGAGUCGCGGGGUGAGCGACUGUGUUUGGAAGCCCAUAGAUUGUUUGCCUCUGCACGGAAGUUAGCAGAGGAUUUUCAUUUUGGGGCGUCUUCACACUGACAGCGGCGAACCAGCUGUGGCUGUCAAGACAGGUCGUACUCUKUCAGAGUGAUUUUCCGUGAAAAUCCGUAAUUCCUCACAAUUGUUCGAUUCUCGGAUUUAGUCCAACCAGAUUUGUGAAUGGAAGACAGACAUAUUGCAUGUUCGGCCUAUUUUCUACAUGUUUGUUUGCUUUGAAAUGUUUAUUUGUUAGUUAUUGUCUUGAGAAAUAUAUAAAACCGUAGUAACUAUGGCUGAUUUUACGGUUAAGGAUUAGUGUGCGGAUUAUAUUUCAGCAGCAGCCGAAUCCUCCAGCAGUUGUGUUCAUUUGCUGUUUGUUUAUUUGGCCAAUUCCUCUGUUUUCGUUGUCAUUUGAAAWGGAACCAAUUUUAAAUUGAUAAAAAAGCAAUGUAAUGUUAUUUAGUGGAGUAAAUUAACUUUUGUAAGACAUGGUAAAAUAUAAAAAAAUAUAUUUUAAUGAGGAAAAUAAUGAAUUAAUCCACAAUCUAAAUUAGAGUAGGCUAACAUAGUAACAAUUCAGGAAACACCGUGUCUAAAGGUAAAAAUUAUGAAUGGGCCUGAGGUGUAUCUGUCCUUGCUGGUGUUUUCUCAAAACGCAAUGUGCACAUCUGCUGUAGGAUGCGGGAUGCUGGAUGCUGUUUAUGACAGGCUACAUGUAGGAAAAUGGAAUCUGUUAGGAUUUUUCUAAUUUAAUCAGUUAGGUUAAUCAUAAAGUUUGCACGUGCAUGUCAGUGAUCAGUGGUUGUGGUGCAGCCUACUGUAGGGUGGAAUAAUUCACUAAACAAACAAGUUGUCAGAUAUCAUGGCGGAUCGGACUGCUCCGCAUUGCCAACUAAGAUUAGAAUGGAUCUACGGGUACAGGGGGCAUCAAUGCCGAAACAACCUGUACUACACCGCUGGCAAAGAAGUGGUCUAUUUCGUGGCUGGCGUCGGCGUGGUUUACAAUACCAGAGAACACACUCAGAAGUUUUACCUGGGCCACAACGAUGACAUUAUAAGCCUUGGCCUUCAUCCUGAGAGGUCUCUGGUGGCAACAGGUCAGGUAGGGAAGGAACCCUACAUCUGUGUGUGGGACACCUUCAGCGUACAGACCAUCUCUGUCCUCAAGGACGGACACUCCCAUGGAGUGGCCUGCCUGGCCUUCAGUGCAGAUGGACAGCGGCUGUCCUCUGUGGGGCUGGAUGGCAAAAAUACAGUGUGUGUUUGGGACUGGAAGAAAGGAAAGGUUCUGGCCACUGCGACAGGACAUUCAGACAGGAUCUUCGAUAUAUCCUGGGAUCCCUUUCAGCAGAACCGGCUGGUGAGCUGUGGGGUAAAGCACAUCAAGUUCUGGGCUCUCUGUGGCAAUGCGUUGACGCCCAAACGGGGGAUAUUCGGGAAGACRGGGGACCUACAGACCAUUCUGUGUGUUGCGUCGGCUAAAGAUGAUGUUACGUACUCUGGGGCGUUGAAUGGGGAUAUCUACGUGUGGAAAGGACUGAACCUUAUGCGCACGGUGCAGGCAGCUCAUGGGGCUGGGAUCUUCAGCAUGUAUGCCUGUGAGGAGGGCUUCGCGACGGGGGGACGUGACGGCUGUGUCAGGCUCUGGGACGUGGACUUCAAGCCUAUCACUAAGAUCGACCUUCGGGAAGCUGAGCAGGGGUAUAAAGGGCUGUCUAUCCGUAGUGUGUGUUGGAGGGCAGACCGUAUCCUGGCGGGGACGCAGGACAGUGAGAUCUUUGAGGUGAUGGUUCGGGACAGAGACAAGCCUCUGCUCAUCAUUCAGGGUCACUGUGAGGGAGAGCUCUGGGCUUUGGACGUCCACCCCAAGAAACCGCUCGCUGUGACCGGCAGUGACGAUCGAUCUGUACGGAUGUGGAGCCUGGCAGACCACACCCUGAUAGCUCGCUGUAACAUGGAAGAGGCUGUCCGCAGUGUGGCCUUCAGCCACGAUGGCUCUCAGCUUGCUCUUGGCAUGAAGGACGGCUCCUUCACUGUGCUCCGAGUCAGGGACAUGACGGAGGUGGUACACAUUAAAGACAGGAAGGAAGUGAUUCAUGAGAUGAAGUUUUCUCCGGAUGGCAGCUACCUGGCCGUGGGCUCUAAUGACGGCCUGGUGGAUGUGUACGCCGUGGCGCAGCGCUACAAGAAGGUGGGUGAGUGCAACAAGUCCUCCAGCUUCAUCACCCACCUGGACUGGUCCAUCGACAGCAAGUUCCUCCAGAGCAACGACGGGGCGGGAGAACGCCUCUUCUACAGGAUGCCAAUUGGGAAGCACCUGACCACUAAGGAGGAGGUAAAAGGGAUCCACUGGAGCUCGUGGACGAGUGUGAUUGGUCCAGAGGUGAGUGGGAUCUGGCCCAAGUACACCAACAUCAGUGACAUAAACUCUGUGGACGCCAACUACUGCAGCGCUGUGCUGGUUGCUGGAGAUGACUUUGGCCUGGUCAAACUGUUCCGCUUCCCCUGCCUAAAGAAAGGGGCAAAAUUCAAAAAGUACAUUGGCCACUCGGCCCACGUGACCAACGUGCACUGGUCUCACGACCUGCAGUGGGUGUUGACCACCGGCGGGUCCGACCAUUCUGUGUUCCAGUGGAAGUUCCUGCCUGAGGGCAUCAUGAAUGGAGGACUGGAGACCAGUAUACCACAAGAUGGCCAUGCAGACUCCAACAGUGAGGAGUCUGACUCUGAUGUGUCUGAUGUCCCGGAGCUGGACUCUGAUAUCGAGCAAGAGACCCAGAUCAACUACGACCGACAGGUGUAUAAGGAGGACCUUCCCCAGCUGAGGCUGCAGAGCAGAGAGAAAAAGCAGCAGGUCGGCUCCCUGAAGCGCCAGAGAGGCCCAGACGAAGCCCUUCGUCUAAAGUUUGUCCACGGUGAGAGAGUGUAUGAUUGUCACACACACACCACACACACACACCACGGGGAGGUCGUGUACCAUGUGGCAGCGGUGGGCGUGGUCUACAACAGAGAGCAACACAGUCAGAGGUUUUACCUGGGCCACGAUGAUGACAUUCUCAGUCUGACUGUACACCCACUCAAAGACUAUGCAGCCACUGGACAGGUUGGCAGGGAUCCAGCCAUCCAUGUGUGGGACAUCCAAACCCUGAAGUGCUUCUCCCUGCUCAAGGGCUUUCACCAGAGAGGAGUGUGUGCUCUUGACUUCUCCGCGGAUGGGAAGAGCCUGGUCUCAGUGGGCAUUGAUGAUCACCACUCUAUCAUAUUGUGGGACUGGAGGAAGGGCGAGAAGCUGGCCACUGCAAGGGGACACAAAGACAAGCUGUUUGUGGUGAAGUGUAAUCCUAGCCUCAUGGACAAGCUGGUCACAGUGGGAAUCAAACACAUCAAGUUCUGGCAGCAUACAGGUGGAGGCCUUAUGUUCCAGCGAGGCGUCUUUGGGAACCUGGGGAAGCUAGAGACAAUGAUGUCAGUGUGUUAUGGUCGGACAGACGAGCUGGUAUUCUCUGGAGCCGCCACGGGGGACAUAUACGUCUGGAAGGAGCCCGUGCUGCUGAAGACCAUCAAGGCCCACGACGGACCUGUGUUCGCCAUGUACUCCCUGGACAAGGGCUUUGUGACAGGUGGGAAGGACGGAGUAGUGGAGCUKUGGGACGACAUGUUUGAGAGGUGCCUGAAGACAUACGCUAUCAAGAGAGCAGCCCUCUCCCCGGGAUCUAAAGGUCUACUCUUGGAGGACAACCCCUCCAUUCGUGCUAUAACUCUGGGACACGGACACAUCCUGGUGGGAACCAAGAAUGGAGAAAUACUUGAAAUCGACAAGAGUGGACCCAUGACGCUAUGGUUACAGGGUCACAUGGACGGCGAGGUGUGGGGUCUUGCUGCUCACCCCCUGCUUCCCAUAUGUGCCACAGUGAGUGAUGACAAAACCCUGCGGAUAUGGGAGCUCUUCACUAACCACCGCAUGGUGGCAGUUCGCAAACUUAAAAAAGGUGGAAGAUGCUGUGCCUUCUCCCCUGAUGGGAAAGCCUUAGCGGUGGGCCUCAAUGAUGGUAGUUUUCUGGUGGUGAACUCUGACACCCUGGAGGACCUGGUGUCCUUCCAUCACAGGAAGGAGUCUAUCUCUGACAUCAGGUUUUCACAAGACGCUGGUAAAUACCUCGCUGUGGCCUCUCAUGAUAACUUUGUGGAUAUCUACAAUGUGCUGUCCAGUAAGAGGGUGGGAAUCUGUAAAGGAGCUUCAAGCUAUAUCACUCACAUAGACUGGGACUCUCGUGGUAAAUUGCUGCAAGUAAAUUCAGGUGCCAAAGAGCAAUUAUUCUUCGAAGCCCCAAGAGGGAAGAGACAAACCAUAAGAAAUUCUGAGAUAGAGAAGAUGGAGUGGGCUACCUGGACGUGUGUCCUGGGCCCCACCUGUGAGGGGAUCUGGCCCACCCACAGUGACAUCACAGACGUCAACGCCGCCUCGCUCACCAAAGACAAGAAGCUGCUAGCCACCGGAGACGACUUUGGCUUCCUCAAGCUCUUCAGCUAUCCAACCAGGGGUCAAUAUGCCCGCUUCAAGAAGUACGUGGGCCACAGUGCCCAUAUAACCAACGUGCGAUGGGCACAAGAUGACGCCACGCUACUGACGCUGGGCGGAGCUGACACAGCACUGAUGAUUUGGAGCCUGGAGAGAACCGGAGAGGGUCACAGGGAGAACCCUGUGGACAGCGAGGAGUCAGACGAUGACAUUGAGGAGGACGGAGGGUAUGACAGUGAUGUGGCAAGGGAGAACAGCAUCAACUACACCACUAAGAUCUAUGCUGUCAGCAUCCGGGGUAUGUGUGGCAUCAAGCCCCACCAGCAACUGAAGGAGGUGUCAGCAGAGGAAAGGCAGGGCAUUGUCAAGCCACCUGUUAGCCGAGCUGCUCCCCAACCAGAGAAGCUGCAGAAGAACAAUAUCACCAAAAAGAAGAAGCUUGUCGAGGACCUGGUUCUGGACCACGUGUUUGGGUUCAGGGGCUUCGAUUGUCGUAACAACCUUCACUACCUCAACGACGGCACCGACAUCGUCUUCCACACAGCAGCCACGGCCAUGGUGCACAGCCUCUCCACUGGGACUCAGAGUUUCUACUUGGAGCAUACAGACGACAUCCUCUGUUUGACCGUCAAUCAACAUCCUAAAUACAAAAAUGUCAUCGCUACAGGACAGAUUGGUGAAGUGACAGACCUGCCAGGCACCACCCCCUCCAUUCACGUGUGGGACGCCAUGAGUAAACAGACGCUGUCCAUCCUGCGCUGCUCUCAUGCCAAGGGGGUGGGCUACGUCAACUUCAGCGCCACGGGAAAGCUGCUGCUCUCUGUGGGGGUGGAGCCUGAACACACCAUCACUGUGUGGCGCUGGCAGGAAGGUGCUAAAGUGACCAGUAAAGGUGGCCAUCCAGACAGGAUCUUUGUAGUUGAGUUCCGGCCCGACUCCGACUCUCAGUUCGUGUCUGUUGGGAUCAAGCACAUCAAAUUCUGGACACUUGCUGGAGGCUCUCUCAUGUAUAAGAAGGGAGUGGUGGGCUCAGUGGAGGAUGGCAGGAUGCAGACCAUGUUGUCUGUGGCCUUUGGUGCUAAUAACCUAACAUUCACAGGUGCUAUAAAUGGGGAUGUGUACGUGUGGAGAGACCACUUCCUGCUUCGUGUCGUGGCUAAAGCCCACACCGGGCCAGUGUUCACCAUGUACACCACACUGAGGGACGGCCUCAUCGUCACAGGGGGAAAGGAGAGACCUACAAAGGAGGGCGGUGCAGUGAAACUGUGGGACCAGGAGAUGAAGCGUUGCCGAGCGUUCCAGCUGGAGACGGGCCAAACUGUUGAGUGUGUGAGGUCCGUCUGUCGGGGAAAGGGUAAGAUAUUGGUAGGUACAAAAGAUGGUGAGAUCAUUGAGGUGGGAGAGAAGAACGCUGCGUCCAACAUCCUGAUCAACGGUCACAUGCAGGGCGAGAUCUGGGGCCUGGCCACCCACCCCUCUAAAGACCUGUUCAUCUCCACCAGCGACGACAGCACCAUCCGCAUAUGGGACCUGGCCGACAAGAAACUGCUGAACAAGGUGAGCCUGGGCCACCCAGCCAAGUGUGCCAGCUACAGUCCCGAUGGGGAGAUGGUGUCUGUGGGCAUGAAGAAUGGGGAGUUCAUCAUCCUCCUCACCAACUCACUCAAGAUGUGGGGCAAGAAACGAGACCGCAGUGCUGCCAUACAGGACAUCAGGUUCAGUCCAGACAAACACCUCCUGGCAGUGGGCUCAGUGGAGAGUACGGUUGACCUGUAUGACCUUACAUUGGGCCCCACACUAAACCGCGUGGGCUACUGUAAGGACAUCUCCAGCUUCGUUAUCCAGAUGGACUUCUCUGCAGACAGCAGGUUCAUCGAGGUGUCCACAGGAAACUAUAAGCGCCAGGUGCAUGAGAUGCCUUCUGGGAAAAUGGUAACAGAACAGACUGUGAUUGACAGGAUCACCUGGGCCACCUGGACCAGUAUCCUGGGAGAUGAGGUGCUAGGGAUCUGGCCACGGAAUGCUGAUAAGGCUGACGUCAACUGUGCCUGUGUCUCCCAUGCUGGCCUCAACGUUGUCACCGGGGACGACUUUGGACUGGUCAAGCUCUUCGACUUCCCCUGCACUGAGAAGUUUGCCAAACACAAGCGUUACUUUGGGCACUCGGCACACGUGACCAACAUUCGCUUCUCCUAUGAUGAUAAAUAUGUGAUCAGCACUGGAGGAGACGACUGCAGUGUCUUUGUGUGGAAAUGCCUGUAAACCAGAGCCUUUUCUCCACAACCAUCCACUAACAUGCACCCAGACUCCUUAGCCCACCGCAGUAAGUCUUGGAUUCCGACAGGAAUGCAGCCAGGAUCCCAAAGCCUCAAGUGUCUGGCUGCGGUCUACCUUUUUGCCUGCAACUGUCUCCCCAUCCUUAGAACAACACCUGGGGAUGGGCAAUACGCUAAUCACUGUACUAUUAAUUCAAGUCUAAGCAUUAGGCAGAGCAGGUAGCUCCUUUUCUAACAGGAAACCACUUUGAAGUAGAUUUUUUUUGCCACUAGAAAAUGUUUGACUUUCUGGCCUAACAAGAAAUGGCAGUGUUUACAUUCACAUCUGCUUUCAAUGAAGGACACAUGAAAGCAGGUUGCCAUGCCAGCUAUUGAUUUAUAAUUAAACGAUUGAUAAUGUCUGGGAUUCAAUCAAAUCGCACAUUGUUGACAAUGCAGCUUUUAAAGGCAAUGUUCCCACGUUUGCGGAGAUUGCAUUCACAGUAAACGCUGCAUAUGUCGGCUCAAUCUGAAAAUACCUUAACUUCUAUUGUGCAAUCUGUAUCACUACAGCAAUAGAUUGAAUAGAGCCCUAAAUCCUGGCCAGUGUAGAGGAUAAAAGAUCCCCCCCCCCAUAAUUCAUUUGAAAGUAUUAAUAUCCUUAAGUGCCUUUAUGAAUAUUUCUACUUGUGUUAUUUUUUUGCAGUUUCACGUUUGAAAUUAUUUGUACACCUCUGGUGCUAUUCGAUUGUAAACUUUCUCAUUCAAUAUGCAGAAAGGGGCAUUGGUUUGCUGCCGUUUAUGCAUACAACAUCCAAAGUAUGAUGAGAUGAUGUAACAUAGUAAGUUAUAAUAGCUCUAUUGAAAAUAUUUAAAUGUUACUGUGAUCUGACGAUCAAUUUUCAGCUUGUGAUAGUUACAAAAAAAUUAGGAAGCAUUUUUAAAAUGCUUUUAACUAUUGUCAAAAUAAUUUUGUGAAAUAUCUUGGUGAAACAUGCUUCCAUAUAACCAUUGUGAAAAGAUUCAACAAAAAUAAUGUUCAUAGAACUAGUACACUGAAGCGUUACUGUAUGUUUCAACAUUCACUACCACUAAGGGAUUUCAACGGGGUGGCUUACAUUUAGCAGAUGCUCUUAUCCAGAGCGAUUUACAUUCAUCUUAAAAUAGUUAGGUGAGACGUCACAAUCGUAUUCGAGUACAUUUUUCCUCAAAGUAUUUAUCAAAGUCAGUGCUAAAAGGCUAAGUGAAAUAGACAGUCCAGGAGACAGUGACCUGUCACACCAAAGCAGACUAUACAGUCUUACUCAAGCCCUGAACCUGGUUUCCCAAAAGCAUUUUAAGGCUAAAAUGCUUUUGGGAAACCAGGCCUUGGUCUACUGUUGAACUCUUAGUCGUCUCACAGAAAUUCAGUUUUACAGCGUGAUUGAAAUUUAAAAGCAAUGUACCCGCUUUAGCGGAGACGGCAUUCACGGUAAACGCUGCACAUGUCUGCUCAGAAAUUACCUUUMCAUUUCUAUUGCGGAAUGUGUAACACUUCAGCUUUACAGAAUGAAUAGCGCCCUUAGCCUUGCUGUCUUUAGCCUGUCAAUCUCACUAAUGUUUAGCUAGCAGUGUGGCAGCAAUAUGUUACUAUAUGUGCAAUCUUUAAGCAGUAUGGAUUCCUGUUUACAUAUUUUUAUUCAUUUAAUUUUUGUACAAGACAGAUUGUCUCGAUAUCGUAAACUUAUUUGUAUUAUAUUGUAAAUUACAAAAAAAUGCUCAAAUGCAUGAAUUUAUUUUUUAAUCAAAUGACAUCUGUGGUGAGAUUUUAUCGUAUGAUUGACAAUGUUGUUUUAUACCAAUUUAUUGUGAGUGUAUAUGUGCAAAUAUUAAGUGUAUGGAAAGAUUAAAUGAGAAUACCGAAUUUGUCC